UCUUGGCCCUUGGCCCCUAUAUUGCACGCUGACUUAUGUGUCAAACUCAUGAUUGAAAUUCAACCAUCAAAGUCAAAAUAAAAAGAUGGCGUCUUGUUUUGCCAACUGUACAAAGUCUUGUCAUUUGCAAAAAUAAUGCGAUUUUGUUUUUGUUUAUAUCGAUUUCCUGGACAUAUUUCCAUUGAAAUAUCUUUGCAGUGAUAUGUGACGUUGGUUGUGCUUACAAAUAUGUCGUGGUUGAACUUGAAUCAGAGUUUGAACAGUUUAAAAGGACAAAUUACUAAUUUCGCUUCUGAGGUGUUGUCUGAGGGUCCUGGACAAGAUGUGGCUGAUGAAGCGUCUAGAACUGAUAAUAAAGUUAUUGAAUUAGAAGAAAAAUGUCGUUUACAAGAGCAGGAGAUAGUGUCCUUGAAAAAGCUUUCUGAGGAGCUACAGGGAUUAUUGCAGAGCGAGAGGCACUACAGGAAAAAUGGCAUCAAAGAAGACGAGACAAGCUGGUACUGGGACCCACCGGCGGAAACGUCAAAAUCAAAUCCAAAUCUCGAAAACCAAUAUAAGCAUCAAAUACAGACUCUUCAAGAUGAAAUAUCCUCCUUGAAAGAAAGAGCCACCGUGGACUUGAAGCCGGACAAUGAAGAAGAACUAAAUAGGCUCAGAGAAGAAAACAAAAACUUGACGGUCAAUCUAGAAGAUCUGGAUAACCAACACCAGAUGGCAAUGGAAAGGUUACUAACAUUAAAGAAAGAACUACAAAAAAAUUUUGAAGUUCUUAAACAGGAGCACGAGGAACUAAAAACAAGUAAUGAUGAUUACGCUGUGGAGGUAAAGACACUGUUAGAAAAAAUAGGCGAAAGAGACAAAGAAAUCGAAAACCUCAAAGUUAAAAGUGCUGAUUCUGAAACAUUGUCGCAUAAGUAUCAGAAUUUAGAAAGAAUACACAGUCUGCUAAGAGAAAAUGCUGAAAAAUUUCAAGAAGAGAACCAAGAACUUCAUGAAGAGGUAUUUAAACUGCAAGAACAAGUGACUAAAUUAGAGCAUGAAAUAGAACUCGCGAUAAAGAAAACAGAAAAAUCGAAUACAGUGCCGAAAGAACAGUACGACGAAGUUAUAAAGGAAUUGAACGAAUUGAAGAACAGAAAGAACUUAGACUUACAAUUGGAUGAGAUCAAUAUUGACGAUAACGCCAAAAGCGUUAUUGAAAAUUUGAAACGAGAAAUCGGUGAACUCAAACAUCAAUUGAACCAAAGGUCCUCUGGAAACCAUGAAACGGAGGAACAUAAAACAAUAAAAGCCGAGAAAUUCAUGCAGCUGUACAAUAAAUAUGUAAAUUUCGAACUUCCGAUAGAUUACGUGGGUGAAAUACCGUCACCUGGUGACAGUAUAGUGCUUUAUAAACUUGAAAGUGUUUUAAAAACAGUGAAUUCAUUCAAAAGAGACAUUGAUACACUAGAACAAAAAUUGUCUGAAAAGAACCUAAAUAUAAACCAUUUGAAAACUCAGAUUGAUGACUUAACAGCAGAGAACGACUUUCUAACAACAGAUAUUCAACAUUACGAAAGUGAAUUAAACGAAAUGAAAAAGAAUAAUGAUUUUCUCAUAUCAGAAAUAGCAGUCUUAAAAAACACAUCCAAAUUAGAACCCAUAAUAGAGACACAUGAAGAUAAUCUGGCUAAAUUAGAAACUGAACUAGCAGAUUCAAAUAAGCUUAACAAAUCGUUUGAAUGUGAAAUUAAAAGGAUUGAAAAAGAACUGGCGGAAGUUCAAGCAGAGAAAUUCGUACUACAAGAAACUUUAAAUGAUCUAAAAGGUAAAUAUACGGCUAUGUUAAAUGAGGUGGAAACGCUUCAAAAUAAGACUAGAGAUGUCGAAGAGCUGGAGAACAGUGCGUGUGUUCAACAAACAGAACAACUUAAAGCAGCUUCUGAUGAAAUUGAUAAUCUCAAGAAACUUUUGAACGCAGCAAACGCUAAGAGUGAGCAACUGUCUAUAGAUGUUCAUAUAAUAGAAAAUGACAAGGUUCUACUAAUGAAGGAAAUAGAUGAAUUAAAAAAAGAUUUAAGAAGAAACAUUUCAGAAAAUACACAAUCUGAAACGAAUGAAACAUUGUUAAAGAAGGCACUUUCAGACAACGAAUCAAAAUUAGAAGAAUUGUCAAGAAAUUUCGCAAAAGUAGAACAAAGUCAAUUGCAAGGGGUAGAACUAGUUGGCUUUUUAAAAGAACAGUUACAAUUGAAAGAUAAUCACGUACCCAGAACAGAGUUUGAUAAACUAAAUGAAGAAAGUAACACUUUGACCGGCCAUCUUGAACAAGCUAUCAAAGAAAAAACAUCUUUAAGUAAAACAAUUGAAACUCUCAAACAAGAAAUAGAAUUGUUAAAACAAAAUGAAAGCGAGCUUCUGACUAAAAAUGAUAAUAAAAAAGAUCAAGACUUGAAUACAUUAAAACUGACAAUGGAAGACCUUAAGGCUAAGCUUAUCCAACAAGAGCUUAUGGAUAUUGAAGUUGAAAGCUUGAAAGUUGAAAACAAAAAACUCAAUGAAAGACGAAUCCAACUAGAGACAGAACUGUCAAAUACCGAUUCCAAAAUUGUGCAUUUAGAAGAAGAAUUCGAAAAAUUAGUAACAGAUUUAAACGACAAGGAUACAUUGAUUGAUACACUUAAUAAUACUGUUGCGCAAAACGCCAUUUCACUGGCAAACUUGAGUCAAAAUGUAACCGACUUAGAAAACACGUUAUCUAAAAAAAAUGAAGAAAUACAAAGCCUCAAAAACUCAUUAGAAGACGCAACUGUAAAACGUAACAGAUUUGACGAAAAUGUCAAAGAAUUACAAGCGGAAAUAAGUAAGUUGAAUUUAGAAAAGGAAGAAAUAUCUAAACAGAUUAUGAUCUUACAUGAUGAAGUAAAUGUGAAGAAUGCCCAAAUAUCCACAUUGACUAACCAUUUAGGGGAACUUGAAAAUUCUGGUCGCGAUUACAAGAUUUCCAUUGAAAACAAAGACAAAGAAAUAAAAGAACUGAAUCAAUCAAUAGUCGAACUUACGGACAAAAUUAAAACCGUGGACAAUAGCACACAUCAUAAUGAUGAAUACGCUACAUUACUUUCAGAGAAGACAGCUCUAGAGAAACAGGUCAUUGAACUAAAAAAUAAUGUGAGCGCGAAAGAAACUGAACUAAUUGAUUUGAAAGUUGAAUACGACCAAAUUGAGAAGUCAGUCAAUGACUAUAAGAUUACUGUAGAUAAGAUAAAUUCUGAAAAAGGAGAAUUAAUUAAUUUAGUCAAUUUGAAACACAACGAAAGUAUACAAUACCAUAAUGAAAUUCAAAGGCUUAAUCAAGUUCUAAUGGAGCACACCAACGAAUACAGAAGAUUACUUGAAGAAAAAGAUCAUUUGAUACAAAAUGUUUCACAAAAUUGUGCGAAUUGUGAAAAUUUGAAAAUAAUUCUGAAAGAAAAAGAUGAUGCAAUUGUAAAGCUGAAUCAAGCUACGAGCGAAUCCCUGAAAAUGAGAGCGGAACUGGACAAUGCCGGUGAAACUGUCAAUAACCUGACUGAGAAAUGUGAUAAUCUGAAUAAGAAUCUUACAAUACAACUUGAAGUCGUCAAGAAAUUGACAGCAGAAAAUUUACAGUUGUCGGAGAAAGAGCAGAACCUUGCCCGCGAGCUGGACAGGCUCAGGUUGCAUCUAGUGGAAACCGAAGAGAGCUACACGCAGGAGCUGAUGGUGUCUGAACAGAAGUUGACCGAAUGUCAGACAAGGCUGCACCAAGUCGAAGAACGAGCUAAACAGACAAGCACUGUCUACACGAGUAAUAGCAUCCGAGCCAACCAAGAAGUGGAAACUCUUCGUAAUCAAAUAAAGCUUCUAGAGAAGCAAAGGGAAGAAGUGCAAGGGAGAUUGAGUGAAGCAGAAGACGCUAGGAGUCGUAGCGAAGCGGCGCUAACUAAUCUGCAAGUCGUUUUAGAACAAUUCCAACUAGAUAAAGAACGAGACGUUCACGCGGCAACAGAGAAAAUAAGAAACAAAAUGGAAGAAUUGAAACAUAGAAAUAACGACCUCCAAGACGAGAUAGCAAGACUCAAUGCUAAGGUACAAGAGGCACUGGCCGGGCUACAAGCGGCCAGUAGACUUGGAGAUCAAGUCGAAACCAAAACCGCGCAAAUAAAUGACUUGAAGGAACAAGUCGCAACUCUCCAAGCGUCCGUAACCGCAGCCGAGGAGAGAUAUUAUAACGCCAUAUCGAACCAACAGGACAAGGUGGACAAGAAUUUAGUCAAGAAUAUGGUCAUCAAUUAUGUUUUGACACAGUCGAAUAACACUGUCAACAAGAUCCAGGUGCUCAGGGUGCUCUCGACAAUACUAGACUUCAAUCAGCAGGAAUGCGAGAAGCUAGGCCUGGUGAAGACGAACUCUGCGACCGAUAGCUUAGCGGCGGAGUUCGUCAAGUUCCUCCAGAACGAGUCCAAGCCGAGGUCCCCGCUGCCGAACAUGAUGGGGAUAGCGCAGAGCAGCAGGAGUACCACGCCUACUUCUAGGAAAAGCUCUACGAUCGGACCGCAUCCGACCUUCGAGACGGGACACAAACGGAAUCCAUCGAACGGCUCCAACAACCUGCUCUUCCAGAAUCUGGACGCUUUAGAGACGGCGUCGGUGAUAUCGCGAGACUCUGAACCCGAACCCAGGGCGGCGCCCUCCCUCGACACCGGCGUCAACCAGACCCGCAACACCGAGGGCUCCAUACUGAAAUACGUUCUGAAAGAUAUGUGAUGAACGGUAAGUAAUAAGGGUGAUGCGUAACAAAUAACAGGUAUCGUGUGAUAUCGACUGUGAAAUAAUAGUAGCAGCUACUGGAUUCGCGUUUUGUUUUCUUAGACUUAGUUAUUCGGGCAGACUCAUAGUCUAGUAUUCAUUGAUUGUCCGACCUCACAGACAAUGAGACAUGAGAUUAAAGUCUCUCUAUUGUAUCCUGUAUCGACUGUCCCGCCCUACGGCUAGUAUUGAGUAAGGUGUAACACCAAGUAAUAUUAAUGUUGUACGAUAAUGUAAAAUAUGUGUGUAUUUAUUGUCUUAGCAAAUGCACUUUUGUUUUCGAUUGUCCAAGUAUCAGUCUGACGUCAUAGUACGUACAGUCGCGUGCAAAAUUAUACUCUAUUCCAAUUAAGAAGUCCCUUUUGACACUUCUUAAAAUGUAACUCUUCAGGUUUUGCAUUAUUUGAAAUAAUAAUCAUUUUAUGUUAAUGGUCGUAAACAUGAUUUAAGAAAUACACAAUCACUAUCUAAAUCAUUAUACAAUUAAUUCACACACACACAAUCAACAUAAUAAUAACAUCUCGUCUUCUCGCAUUAAAACUGUAUAAUCUCAAAACUUACUAAUUUUACAGGACAGUGUUUUACAGGUUUAACAUGUGAUAUUUUUAAUAUUAAUCAUCUUUGCAACAUAAUUUUUUUAUUUUUAACAGUUACAUUAUCUGUCUUUUAAAGUAAGAUAAAAUUAUAUAUUAAUUUUGUUAAUAGUAGUCAAAACAUAGGUAAACAAAAAAAGUAAAUUAUGCUCUUUUGACUGUAUUUAUGAGUAAAAUACUGGUGAUACCAAAUGAUUCCGCAUAUUAACUCAAUUUCGAAUAUUUUAUGGAAAUUGUACACUUUUAAUGCGAAAAGACGAUCUGUCAAAUAAGACUGCGUAACUGGAAUAGAGUAUAAUUGAGAUUUUAGUUGUAUCAGAUCGAUGAUUAGUUUUUUUUUAAGCUUUGUAAUUUGUUUAAAUUUUUUUAUGAAAAUUGCGUUUUUUUACGGACUGCAAAUGCAAACUUAAAGAAAUUUGUGGUUGUGUUGGAGCUUGGUACAGUUGUUGUUCACACCCCAGAACAGACUUCUGUCUUAGUACCACCACCACAGUGGGAUGGGUGGGGCAAGCUUUAACAAAUGCCCACUCAUUCCUAUUAGCCUUUGCUGAGGUAUAGAGCUGGAAUCAAAUUCUUUUAUUUUGGCAACAGUCAAAUUAGAAAUUAAAAAAUCAAUAGUAAUUAUUCAGCGUCUGCACACACAAUCCAAUCAUUAUUAUUGUAGUUCAAAAAAAUAGUGCCUAUAACAGAUGAGCAAUUAAUGUAAAUAACAAAUCUAAAUGCUGUGUAAAAUCUGUAAUAUUGUUAAAUAAUUAAAAACGUUAAUAAAUUGCAUCUUAUUACAUUUGUAAAUAUAUAUUUUAGUUUCUGUACAAUAUGUUGGUUUUUUGUUCGCCUUAACUAUAUAAUAUAUCUUUGUAAUAAAUAAAUCUUAAUAAAUCUUAUGGUUAGUUAAAGAUGCAAAUAAUCAGUGGAAUGAUCUAGUGCUUUAUCAAAGUUUGUGAUAUUAAAACGAUUUAAUUCUGCGCUUUUUAUUAGAGUCGUCUAUUAUCAAAGGUGGCAAUCUGUGCAUUUAGAUAAAAAAAUGUUAUUGAUAUGUCAAUACAGAUUGAUUUGAAUAUAAUCGUCUCCUUCAAAGAAUACGGUUCAAAACCUGCAUUAAAUAAAGGUUAAUACUUAACCUGUUAUUUAUCUAAGAUGUCGUUCAGAAGAGUUUUGUGACUGCCAAAGUCAAUAAUUCGUUUUUCUGAUUUACCAAUAAUUGUCCAAAAGUCACAUUGCCGGCUUUGAUAAUAGUCGACUCAUUACUAGUUCACAAUGAAUUGAUAUCUGAAUGAACACGAUCAUAAACUGACUUUUGAUUCGUAGGUUAGAUUUAAUAAAGUAAAAUAAUGUCUACAUAUACUUUACACCAGGGAUCGGCAACGCGGCGCCCCCGAUCCAUUUUUUAAUGCGCCCUCGCUGGACUAAUGCAAAUGUAUGACAGCCAGAGCGAUUUACUUACUCUUGUCAAACGGCGAUAUACAGCAAGUAGUCAGUUUUUUUUUUAUGGGAUUUUAUGACCUGGUAACUGAGACCUUUAAGUCAUGUCUUAUUUUAAUUUAUAUUCAUAUUUUUAUGAAAAAUGAUAUUAUGGAGUGAAAUGAAAUGAAGAUGAUUAAUUUUGGGAUGAAAUUAAAUGAAAUGAAAUGGAAUGAAAUAUAAUCUCAGUAAAAUGGUGGUCAUUUACUAAGAUUUUUUCAGUGGACUUUUUGGAGGAUCCCGAGAAGUUACGUCCAGCAGCUUUGUUUCAUUUUCCGACAUUUGUGCACUUUCACAGAUAUUAAACAGUUAAUAAACCACCAUUAUUACACAUUUAAACCCGAAGAAACACUAAAUAAACAAAAUAAAACAAAUCACACAACUUCACUCCUCGCGUUCCCCCGCCAAAAAGUCAGUAGUCAGUUGAGUUUAGGAUUGUGCAUAGAUUAGCAGUUUGCUAACCUUGAGCGUAUUUAAUAACACGCACGUAUGUUUUGUUAGUGUGCGAUCGUAUUUCGAAUAGACCACGCGUAGACCGGGCAUUUAAAACUACUACUAUACAGUUAGAUAAUUGUUUAAGGACCGGAAACUCUAAAUAUAUCCCCAAUUAUAAGAAAUUAGCUGAAAAUAUGGACACCCAAGUUUCACACUGAAUUAUAUGUAUCAUUAUGUAUGACACCAACAAAAUAAAGUUAUAAAAAAUCUGCUUUUUUUUAAAUGCCUAUUUAUACCUGUUGAUUAUCUGUAAAAUAUGCGCCCUCGGUGAUUUUUAAAUUUAGCAUUGCGCCCUUAACGAUAAACAGGUUGCCGGCCCCUGCUUUACACUUUUAGUUGUAGUUCAAAGAAGUAAACUAUAUUUGCCUAAUUAAUAUCUAAUUUAAUCAUAGUUAUACAAGACAUAGCCAUAUUUGAAGUAUUAGACAUUUAAAUUGUAGACUAAUAUAUUUUAUAUAGGUAAUAUUAAUAGUGAUUCUUGUUGUCUUCAAAGACACACGAGCUGGUGGUGAGCGGUCACUGUCGCACAUGGAAGUUGGGAAUCCACAUGGUGGGGGGACUCAUUGUAGAGCUGGAGGGUCGUAUUGUGGUUGGUCGUCAUGGUUCGAGGUAGAUGGUGCGAUAGUAAAGAUCAGAUGAAGGGAUUGUUUUUUUAAUGCUUAAAUGGGUGGACGACCUCACAGCCCACCUGGUUUGAAGUGGUUAUUAGAACCCAUAGACGUCUACAAAGUAAAUGCGCCACCCACCUUGAGAUAUAAGUUCUAAGGUUUCAAUUAUAGUUACAACGGCUGCCUCGCCCUUCAAACCGAAAUGCAUUACUGCUUCACGGCAGAAAUAGGCGGGGUGGUGGUUGUCUUGAGCAUAUCGAGGGGUGAAAGCCUAAUUGGUUUAAGGGACAUUUCCCUUAACACGCGACAUUUAUUAUUUCAAUUAAAGAUCCGUUGUAUUUGUUAUUAGCAUCAACAGUUCGAUGUUUUGAAUUGAACUUCAAUAAUGUCUAACUACAUUCGUAUAGGUGAAGAAGUUUUUUUGUUAUGGUUUUUUUUUUCUUCGGAAUUUUAACAUUUAAAUAGCUCUCCUGUAAAGUUGCAAAAAUGUCGCCUAAAUCAAAUUUCCUUUCACCCAUCGCUAUGUUCACGACGUAUCUCAAAUUGGAGGUCCCCCCCCCCGUCAUCCAGCUCGAAUGUUUUGCAUCAAGAGCCCCGUUAUUUCGGGACAUCAAGUGGAAACAUGUCGGCGAUGAAUAUAGAUCAUAAGCUAUACAAAUAAUUUCUCUAAUAUCGUUCUCCAUAAAAAUACAAAUCCGUUUGUAUGUACCCGCAUUUUGCUCUUAAUGCUAACUUGUUAAUUCCUCAUUCCAAUGUCAUUGGUAUUUUGAUAGAAAACUAUAAGUGUGCUUAGUGCGAGUUAUUUAACGUUCUCGAUAGCGUAAAAGUUAACUCAAAUUUGUAUGCAAUUGGAACAGCGCCCCUAGCGGCAAACGUAGCAAACGUUCUAACUCCAUACAAAUUUGAGUUAACUUUUACGCUAUCGAGAACGUUAAAAAACUCGCACUAAGCACAGAGAAGAUGCGAACUUGCGCUUUUCAUACGAAAGAAUACAAACCUAGACAAAAAAGUUACAGUAUAACACAUACAAUAAGGUUCAGUGUUUGUCAAAGUUUAUUACAAUAUUUACGACAAAUAUAAUAAUUAACAAAAACUACAUAUUACAAAUUUAGACAAGAAGAACCCACCUUCCAAUUAAUUUCUUGAAAAUAUUAAAAAUUAUAACUCUGUCAAAAUAUCAUUAAUGUAGAUAAAAUAUUGUACAUUUUGUAAUUACGGUAUGCGUCUGUUAUCUUAUUGUGAUUUAUAAUUUAAUUAUAAAUAAAAAAUAUUUGUAUUUCAAUA